UCUCAAAUUUUGAAUAACCCGAAGUAUUAUCCUUAUUUUGAGAAGUGUAUUGGUGCAAUUGAUGGAACUCAUGUUGCUGCUUGGGCACCAGCUCAAAAGCAAAUCUCAUAUCGUGGUAGGAAGAUCCUUAUUACUCAAAAUGUCAUGUGCGCUUGCUCUUUUGACAUGAUGUUCACUUUUGUUUAUACGAGCUGAGAAGGGACUGCAAUGACUCUAGGGUGUUCAUAGAUGCAGUGAUGAGGCCAAAAAAUGAGUUUCCUUUUCCAGAUGAAGGGUAUUACUAUGUUGUGGAUGCUGGAUAUUCAAACGUGCCUGGAUUCUUGGCACCCUACAGAGGUUUGAGAUAUCAUUUGCGUGAUUAUAGAGGACCUCGACGAGCACCAAGAGGUCCUAUGGAGUUGUUCAACUAUAGGCAUUCCUCAUUACGUAAUGUAAUUGAGCGGUGUUUUGGUGUUUUGAAAGCUCGUUUUCCAAUUUUGAAAUUGAUGCCUAAUUAUCCUCCGAGAAGGCAACGACCAAUUCCUAUUGCAUAUUGUGUGUUACAUAAUUUUAUAAGAAAAGAAGCUCGUCGUGAUAAGAUGUUUGAAGAGUUUCAAGUUGAAGACAUGAUCAUUGAUUCAGAAAAUACAACAACACCGAAUAUAGAUAUGUCUGCAAGAAAUAUUGCACAAAUGGGUGACAUUAGAGACAAGAUCGCAGCGGAUUUGUGGCGGGAUUUUAUUUAGUGCUCAUGACAACAUGAUUUUAAAUUUUAUAUUGCAUAUUUUUCAAAUAUUUGUGAGACUAUGAGAGAUUUGAUCUAUGAUUUAAGAUUAUAUCUUGGAGGACAUGAGACCAUUUUGGGUUAGCUAAUGCACGUAUUGGAUAAUGAUAAUUAAUUUGACCAUUGCACAA